AUGACAAUUGAACAGAACAAGGAUGUUGAGAGUGGAGAAGCCAUUGGACUUCAGUAUUUGCAAGAACCCUUUAUGCGACAAGGGGAGGCUACGGCUGCUCCACGAAAGGAAGUUGGAUCAGAUAAAAGUGUAGAAAAUGGAUCCAUUGGAAUGGUUCUGCUUAGCACACUGGUUGCUGUUUGUGGUUCUUUUUCUUUUGGAACUUGUGUGGGUUAUUCAGCGCCCACUCAAGCGGCUAUAAGGGCAGAUCUUAAUCUAUCUCUUGCUGAGUUUUCCAUGUUUGGUUCAUUAGUGACCAUUGGUGCAAUGCUUGGGGCUAUAACAAGUGGCAGGAUUACAGAUUUCAUUGGCCGGAAAGGGGCAAUGAGAAUUUCAACAGGAUUUUGCAUUACGGGAUGGUUAGCUGUCUUCUUCUCUAAGAGUUCUUACUCACUUGACUCAGGAAGAUUUUGCACAGGAUAUGGAAUUGGAGUUAUCUCAUACGUGGUUCCAGUAUAUAUAGCAGAAGUAGCACCCAAAAAUCUUCGAGGAGGACUUGGAACAACAAAUCAGCUUAUGAUUGUUAUUGGAGCAUCAGUCUCAUUCUUAAUGGGAAGUGUCAUAAGUUGGAGAGAAUUGGCACUAGCAGGGCUAGUGCCUUGCAUUUGCUUGUUGAUUGGUUUGUGCUUUAUCCCUGAGUCUCCAAGAUGGCUGGCAAAGGUUGGCCGUGAAAAAGAAUUUCAAGUAGCUUUAAGGAGACUUCGGGGUAAAGAUGUUGAUAUUUCUCAUGAAGCUGAUGAAAUUCUGGAUUAUAUUGACACUCUUCAAAGCCUUCCUAAGACUAAACUGUUGGAUUUGUUUCAAAGCAAACAUGUGCGCUCUGUAGUUAUUGGUGUUGGGUUAAUGGUGUGUCAACAAUCUGUUGGAAUUAAUGGUAUAGGAUUCUAUACAGCCGAGACUUUUGUAGCAGCCGGAUUUUCUUCAGGAAAAGCAGGUACCAUAGCCUAUGCUUGCAUGCAGGUUCCAUUUACCUUAUUGGGAGCCAUUUUGAUGGAUAAGUCAGGAAGAAGACCUCUUAUAACGGUUUCCGCAAGUGGGACAUUCUUAGGCUGUUUUAUUACUGGAAUUGCUUUCUUUCUCAAGGAUCAAAGCUUAUUGCCUGAAUGGGUACCGACAUUAGCAUUUGCUGGCGUGUUGAUCUAUAUAGCAGCAUUUUCAAUUGGGAUGGGACCAGUUCCUUGGGUGAUAAUGUCUGAGAUCUUUCCCAUACAUGUGAAGGGAAUUGCUGGAAGCUUGGUGGUUUUGAUCAAUUGGCUAGGAGCUUGGGUAGUUUCAUAUACUUUCAAUUUUCUAAUGAGCUGGAGUUCUCCUGGUACUUUAUUUUUGUAUGCUGGAUGUUCCCUCUUAACUAUUCUAUUUGUAGCAAAAUUAGUCCCAGAAACCAAAGGAAAAACAUUGGAAGAAAUCCAGGCCUGCAUUAGUUAA